AUGAAGUUGCCCUUAUUGACCGUGUUUGUUGUUGCAAUAGUAUCGUUAUCCAUUGUUCCCCAAUAUCCAUGUUCCUCAUCUUCCCAAUCCCAAUUCCAAUGGCAGAUCCUCACGAAACACAAUUUCUCUUCACAGAUACGUCUCCAUCCUCACAUCCUCCUCCUCAUCACGCUUCCUUGGUCCGGCGAGGCUCGAUCUCUCAUGAACCACGUUUCACUCGCACUUUCCGCUAAGCCUAAAGAGUUCACCUCUCUCAAACUCAUGCUCAUGCAUAGAAACAUCGAGAAGGUUUUAGCGGAUUCCAUAGGUGCUACCGAUGAGAUAACACUAGUUUAUUUCCACUUUUCCUUGUCUUAUAAAUACCGUGGAAGACUUAGAGCUCAGAAUAUUCUGUUCUCGUUGUCUCCUUACAUAUCCCUUGCGCCUGAGGAGGUUCCUCUCACGACUCUCAACACUCCUCUGGAUUUAAGAUCAUUCCUCGAUUCCACGGACAAAGCUUUUGUUCUCGUUGACUUUUGUGGAUGGACGCCCAAGUUGCUGGCCAAAAGUACCAAAAAUAACGGAACGCAAAAUGGUUUCACCGUGCUUGGGAAUCGCCAUGGAAUGGGUCUUAGCAGAGGGAAUAGUAGAAUGCCAAUGUCAAGGGGGAAGACUAACAAGAAGGUGGAUGUGGAGGACACGUGCAAGGCUGAACUUGGCUUUGAUAAAGGGUUUUGUAAAGCUCCUUGGCUAGGGGAGUUUACCUUGUUAAAUUAUGGUCCUUUGGAGGGCUCCAAGGAUAGGAAUCAUCAUGUUCUACAUUCUUGUUCUUCUGAAGAAUUUGAGCAUUUUCAUUCCUUUUACUUGAAAUUCAUGACUGCUGUGAGAGAAUUCUUUUUGCCUCCGGAGCGAAACAGAUUUGGUUUGGUUUCAAAUAGGUCUAUGCUUUCAUCCCUGGGUGUUGGUGAUUAUGGCCCAUGGUUUGCAGUUCAGUACCAAGCUGGAUGUUCAAACUAUUCAAAUAUUCUUAAGGAAGAGGAUGACUUAAACUAUGUUCUGCAGAUGAAUAAUUAUUGUGUCAAAGAGCUGGAAGCUAAUGGACAUGAUCAAGAACCCAUUCUACCAGCAAAUAAGCCAUCUGUACUUCUAUUUGUUGAUAGAUCAUCUGAAUCUUCAGAAACUAGAGGUAAAAGUAAGGAGGCUCUUGAAGCUUUUAGAGAAUUGGCACAGUACUAUCAUAGUGUGAAUCAAGCAGGUAAAAAGAAUAAUGACAGUCAUGAUAAAUUUUCUGUCCGAGAUUAUCAUCAUGGUUUCAGGAGUACAUCUGAACAUCCUAGGUUAAAGUUGUCUAUGCCAGCUCAGAGGAUUAAACUAAAGGAGAAGAUUUCUUCCAUCAUGAUUGUAAAUGAGGGUAAGCGAGUUAGUUUGGACAAUGUACCUUCUGACCUUCAAGGGAGUUCUUUGAAUGAGAUAUUGGCUUAUCUCCUCCAGCGAAAGAAUGAUAGAAAAUUAAGCUCCCUAGCAAAGGAUUUAGGCUUCCAACUUUUAUCUGAUGAUAUUGAUAUCAGAUUAGCUAAUACACAACAAUCACAUUCAGAAGUUCAGUCAAAUCAAAUUCCAUCAGAAACCUCUCAACAUGGCCAUACAUAUACUGUGAUGCUGAAUGGAGAUCCAUAUAGAUCUGCUGGAGAGCUAGAGGAAAAUGGACCUUCUAUUGUCACACAUGAAGAGAAAAAAUCUGUGAUGUCGGAGGAAUCUGUUUCAGAAUAUGAACUUUCUACUGCCAAAUUUGUGAGACCAGAAACGGAUGAUUCUUCAGGUGGAAACAAGUAUGCGGAAGGACAGACUCAUUUUCUUGGUUUUAAUGGUUCAUUUUUCUAUUCUGAUGGUAAUUAUCAAUUACUUAAAAGACUCUCUGGUGGUUGUGGAGUUCCAUCUUUGGUUAUAGUUGAUCCCAUUCAGCAGCAACAUUAUGUUUACCCCAAUGAGAAAAGUUUCAACUUUUCUUCACUGUAUGAUUUUCUUUCCGAGUUUCUUAAUGGAACCCUACAUCCAUAUCAGCGGUCAGAACAUGUACUUCGAGGUCAAAAGGGGUCCAUCCAUCCUCCAUUUGUUAAUUUGGAUUUUCAUGAGAUAGAUUCUAUUCCUCAAAUCACGGCUCACAGUUUCUCUGAACUUGUCAUUGGUUUUAAUCUUUCAAACAAAGAAAAUACUUCCAAUGCAUGGAAUAAAGAUGUCUUGGUCCUGUUUAGCAAUAGCUGGUGUUCAUUCUGCCAGAGAAUGGAAAUGGUUGUCCGUGAAGUAUAUCGGGCCAUCAAGGGCUAUGUGGAUAUGUUAAACAGGGGAUCUCAGAAUGUUGAAGGUAUAUCUGAUCAUGAAAAUUUGGACCAUGUCACAAUGAAGCUUCCGGUAAUCUACUUGUUGGAUUGUACAUUGAAUGACUGUGAUUUGAUACUGAAGUCAGUAGAUCAGAGGGAAGUUUAUCCUGCUCUGAUUUUAUUUCCAGCAGAGAAAAAAAAACCUCUUCUUUACGAAGGAGAUAUGGCUGUAAUUGAUGUUAUGAAAUUUGUGGCUGAGCACGGAAGUAACUUUCAUAAUCUUAUAAGAGACAAAGUGGCAGUUCUGUGGCUAUCUGAAAGAGCAGGCAAAAAUCAAAACUUAUAUGAUGCUUUGCAAACUGAUCUCAACCCAGAAUCAGUUGAAUCACACAACAAAUAUCAUGGAGCCCCAGUUCAUGACAGAAUGCUAGACCAGGUGGUCAGACCUAUCCCAAUGAGUUCUACCGUAGCAUUGCCUCACGUGGUGAUUGGUUCAGUGCUAAUUGCCACGGAAAAGCUUUUGGGGGUUCAUCCAUUUGAUGGAUCAAAGAUUCUCAUUGUUGCAGCCAAUCAAGUAACAGGAUUUCAAGGUCUUAUCCUCAACAAACAUAUAGAAUGGAGUUUUCUGCCUAAAUUGGAAGAAGAAUUGGAAAAAUUGAAAGAGGCUCCUCUCUCCCUUGGGGGUCCUGUAAUGAAGACUGGAAUGCCUCUUUUAUCCUUAACUAGAACAGUUUCCGGAAAUCAUUUACCUGAAAUCCUUCCUGGAAUUUACUUCCUUGAUCAAGUAAGGACAAUUCGUAAAAUUGAGGAGCUGAAAUCAGCAAACCAACCAGUCGGGGAUUACUGGUUUUUCUUGGGGUAUUCAAGUUGGGGAUGGAAACAGUUGUAUGAUGAGAUGGCAGAAGGAGCUUGGAACUUGAGUGAGGAUGCAACGAUACAUUUAAAUUGGCCGUGA